UUCACUAAUUAAUGGCAAAAAUCUGCAGCCGCUUCCCCUGACUCAGACUCCUGCCCGUUCUAUAAUCAAUAUAAUUUCUUUCCAGUUUUCCUUUCCACGGUUCCACCCCAUUGCACAAUCCACAUAUAUGGACAAGACGCCAGAGACAGAGAAGAACAAGCAAUUCCUUGUUCAAUCAUACACCCAGAUUAAUCAGAUGGUCUGAAUUGAGAAAGAAGAAGAAGAAGAAGAAGAAACACGCGUACACAAGACAAGAGAUCAUAGAUUCAUAGACAUGGGUACAGGGAGAGGACUAGUCCCUCUCCGGUUGGUGGUGUUGAUGCUGCUGCUGCUGCUGUUUGUGAGUUACUUUCCUUUGUUCAUCUCUUCAAACAGCAGUAACCAAUCUUCAUCUUCUUCUUCUGUUGUGGAGAGUUGCGACCAGACAAAAAGGACAUGCGGGUCCAAUACCGUGCCUUAUCCCUUUGGUUUCUUCAAGGAAUGCAAGAUCCCAUUAAAAUGCAACAACAACAGCAACAACAACAACAACAACAACAAUAACAACACGGAGAGUACUGAGAUCAUGCUUGGAGAUUUCGUGGUGAGCAACAUCACUUGGGAGAGCUUCCAGGUGGACGUGCCACCGUCCUGCAACCGUUCCAUUCGCACUGCCACAAGCUUCUUCGGGAGCAACUACGCAAUGACCUGGAACAACAUGCUGUUCCUUCGCAACUGCAACGUCUCCGGCUCGUCAGGCUGUUCCAUCUCCACGGCGCUCCUCUCUCAUAGCUUGAACCUCAACAGCUGCGCUCCCAGUUCUCCCAGUUCCGGUAAUGAUAACAUCAGCUGCUUCCCCAGCAACGACACUGCCAAGGGCUUUCUUUCUCCAGACAAUAUCUUGAAACACACAGGAUGUCAAUCUCUCUUCACCUCCGGCGAAUACGACACCACGGAUGACCGCUUUACUUCCCUUGUCUUCCGCCAUGUCGAGCUGGGCUGGUGGCUCGACGGUGACUGCCACCACUGCGAUCCUAACGCUGAUUGCACGCGCCUUCAGUCUCCGGUCACCCGGGGAAACGCUAUCAGGUGCAGGUGCAAGGAAGGGUUCCAAGGAGAUGGCUUCAUCCAAGGCGAUGCCUGCCGGAAAGAAACCAGGCCGAGCUGCAACCCUUCGCACUACAUGUCAGGCAAAUGCGGUGGAACCACCAGAGUUGGUGUUCUCAUUGGAGGGAUCAUCCUGGGAGCUUGCAUUAUGGCUGGGCUGGCGUUCGUGAUCUACAUAAUUAGGCGGCGUUCGAGUUUGUGUAGAAUGAAAAAGAGCAUGAGAAGGCUGCUAUCCGAGGCAUCGUGCGCAGUGCCACUCUACUCCUACAAAGACAUCGAGCGCGCCACCAUGGGUUUCGCCGCGUCGGGGAGGCUAGGCAACGGUGCUUAUGGCACCGUAUAUGCUGGCAAGCUGAACAACGGCGACCUCGUUGCAGUGAAGAGGAUCAAACACCGGGAGGCCGAUGGAAUGGAGCAAGUCAUGAACGAGAUCAAACUCCUCUCAUCCGUUAGCCACCCUAACCUCGUUCAGCUCCUGGGCUGCUGCAUCGAGAGAGGCGAGCAGAUACUGGUCUACGAGUUCAUGCCUAACGGCACUCUUUCACAGCAACUGCAACGUGAGAGAGGGGACGGGCUCCCGUGGACGGUGCGGCUCACCAUCGCCACUGAGACGGCACAAGCCAUAGCCUACCUCCACUCGUCUGUGCACCCGCCUAUAUAUCACAGGGACGUCAAAUCCAGUAACAUCCUCUUGGACUACAACUACAACUCUAAAGUGGCGGACUUUGGGCUCUCCCGCGUGGGUAUCACCGGCUUCUCACACAUCUCCACAGCUCCUCAGGGCACACCCGGCUAUCUGGAUCCUCAGUACCACCAGAGUUUCCACCUCUCUGACAAGAGCGAUGUGUAUAGCUUUGGUGUGGUGCUGGUGGAGAUCAUCACGGGGCUCAAGGUGGUGGACUUCAGCCGGGUGCCGGGGGAGGUGAACCUGGCGGCACUGGCAAUCGAUAAGAUUGGAAGAGGACUGGUGGAGGAGAUUAUAGAUCCAUUCCUGGAACCUCACAGAGACGCCUGGACCUUGUCUUCGAUACACAAGGUGGCAGAACUGGCUUUCAGAUGCUUGGCAUUCCACAGGGACAUGAGACCCUCCAUGAUGGAGGUGGCUGAGGAGCUCGACCAGAUCAAACUCAGCGGAUGGGCUGCGACCGAUGAACGCAACAUCUUCCUGUCCUCCUCCUCUUCACUCUGCUCCGCCUCCUCUUCUAUAAUUAAUAUUUCCUCUGUCACACCAAAAAAGUGUGCCAGUGCUAGUAGUAACAUGUCCAUUAGUGUGAUUGAUGCCACGGUUCAACAAGAGGUCCAGGUGGUGGACUCUCCUGUCUCCGUGCACGAUCGAUGGUUUAGUGAUCAGAGUUCUCCUUCGGCCAACAGCCUUUUAGCCAACGUCCGUCAUUCAUGAGUCAUGACCAUUUCUCUUUCUCUUGUUCAUAAUAUAUACAAUUUUCAA